UCCCUCGGGGAAUGGAUGAGUGUCCUUUCGGGGCACUUCGUGGGAAAGGGAUCUAAUGGCCAACGACUCGGACAGAUGAUAAUGAUAGAUUGAAGCUGAAUUCAAACUCAGAUUUUGCAUUUGGUCAAAUCGGGUCGGGAGAGUCAUUUCAAGUCAACGGUUUGGAGUGCCAAGAUGUUUUUGUUUUUUGCAGACAUGUUGCACUUCAGUUUAAACUUAUUUUCGGUGGAGCUUUUUCGUUACCUGUUUUGUUUCAUAUUGGAUGGAUGGUGAAUGAGUUAUCUAAUAAGUUCAGAUACCUAUGGACAAUGAAGACCACUCGCAAGUACAGGGCACUGCUGUCCGUUAGUAUGAUUCUUUUAGCGCUCUUUUUCUCAAUAACUGCUUUCAUCACAACAUACUGGUGCGUCGGCACUCAGCGCGUCCCCAAGCCGAAGUGCACUAAACUCCGCACGCACAACUGCAUCGAUUAUGGAGUGAACGAGACGGACCCCAAAGUAGUGGUGUACAGUUGGGAAACGGGGGACGACCGUUUCCUAUUCAGACAGUUCCACACCGGGAUCUGGUUCUCCUGUGCGGAGAAUAUCCAUGAUGAAGGUGAGAAAUGCAGGAGCUUUAUCGAUCUGGCUCCGGCUUCGGAGAGAGGUGUCCUAUGGCUGUCGGUGGUCUCUGAGAUGCUGUACAUAGUCCUGUUGAUAGUGGGCUUCAGCCUUAUGUGUCUAGAACUGGUCCACUCCAGCACCAGCAACAUGAUAGAUGGACUGAAACUGAACGCCUUCGCUGCUGUCUUCACCGUCCUCUCAGGUCUCCUGGGUAUGGUGGCCCACAUGAUGUACACACAGGUGUUUCAGGUGACAGUCACCCUGGGCCCUGCAGACUGGAGGCCCUAUAACUGGGACUAUGGCUGGUCCUUCUGCAUGGCCUGGGCAUCCUUCACCUGCUGCAUGGGUGCAUCAGUCACUACCCUCAACUCCUACACCAAGACUGUCAUCGAGUUCCGACACAAACGCAAGACCUUCGAGCAGAGCAUCCGCAAGGAGCAGGCGCGGGAGACGUUGGGAUACUACCGCGAUCACUCCCUACACUCCAUCUCCCAAACUGUGGAGGUGUACACACAGACCCCGUAUAGCACUGGUAUUAUGACACACAUACCGGCAGCGUCGUUAGACCUGAGUGAGGUACCAGACACUCUGGGGGAAGACCAGUGCUGAAGGGAGGGAUCCCAGCGGGCAAAAUUGGUUACAAAUGGUUCACAUUUUGUCACAAUUAUGUAAUUCUUAACCAGUUUCUGGUUGUGCUGAUGUUAUUUCAACAUCAUUUUAACUAGUUUUGCCCGCUGGGAUGUGUCAAAAGUAACUGCUGUUCAAUUGUGGUCCGUUGUCUGUGUUGGGUCUAUUGGGGAUUCUGUAGCAACUGAAUCAGUUCCAUCUGGUUGAAUUCAUCACUGCCUUAAUUGAGCCAGGAAAUUCACUCCCUUCUUCCCAGUUUGGGCAUUGAUAGUCAUGGAAAGACAGCCUUGUACACACUGAUCAUACAACUACAUGAUCUGACACAAGGAUUAUUUCCCAGAAACCAGAAAAGGCCAAACGAUUAAAGCAGCAAUCAGCAGUUGAAACAAUAACAAAGUGUUUUCCCCGCCCCUGUUUUGGUAAA